AUGUCUGACACUAUCACUCCCCCAAAGGAUACUGCAGAGCACUACGACAAGCCGGCACACCUGCUUCCAGAUGACCUCCCACUGCCAGAGGAGAUUGCCCAUCUAACACAAGAUGAUUGCAAGCGCCUCGAACGUCGCUUGACGCGGCGCCUUGAUAUGACGCUGAUGCCAGUGGUCUUUCUACUCUUUCUCCUCAAUAUCCUAGACCGAAACAAUAUUGCAAGUGCCAAGAUCGUCGGGUUGACCGAGACUCUGGGAAUCUCGAACGAGGAAUACAACACAUGUCUGCUGAUGUUCUACGUUGGCUACUGCAUAACACAAGUGCCCUCGAACAUGAUCAUUGGCAAGGUCUACCCCUCGUACUACAUCUGUCUUAUCACAUCACUUUGGGGAGUCAUCUCCAUGUGUCAAGGCUUUACCAAGAACUUUGCCCAGCUGGCUUCCGUCCGGUUCUUGUUGGGACUUGUCGAGGCGCCGUUUCUCCCAGCUGUCUUCGUCCUAAUGAGCUGUUGGUACACACGAGCCGAGCUUCCACCGCGAGUCGCAAUCCUCUACGGUGGUAAUAUGAUGGCCACUGCGUUUUCUGGGCUGAUCGCCGCCGGGAUCACAUCUCGUAUGGAGGGGGCUGCCGGAAGACCUGCUUGGGAAUGGCUGUUCAUCAUCGAGGGCUCAAUGACUGUUGUCAUCGCUAUUCUGCUUCUGCCCCUGUUGACAGAUUACCCGUUGCAAAGCAAGCACAUGUUCAUUCCUCGGGAAUUGCAGCUGAUUGCCGAAUGGCGUAUUCGUAAGGAGAAUGCCGGCAUCGCGGACGAGGAUCCGGAGUCCAUCUGGUGGGGCCUCAAGCAGGCUCUAAUCGACCCGAAGCUCUGCAUGUUCGUAAUCAUGCAAAUGGCUCUCAUUACUGCACAGUCCUUCAACAACUUCUUCCCCUCGAUCGUCGGUACGCUGGGCUUCAAUUCAACCACGACGUUGCUUCUGACGGCUCCACCGUACUUCUUCGCUUUCUUCGUUUCGCUUGCGGUGUCUUUCCACGCAUCACACACGCACGAACGGGGUUACCAUAUUGCUAUUCCCAUGGCUUUUGCUCUCCUCGGAAACCUUCUUGCCAUGUUCGUACCAACCAAUGGGGGACGAUACUUCUCCAUGUUCCUGAUGACUGGCGGCUCAUACUCACCCUAUAACCUCUGCGUGAGUUGGGUCAGUGCAUCGCUACCACGCCCAAGGGCAAAGCGAGCCGCCGCAUUGGCCAUCGUCAAUUUCAUGGCUGCAGGAAUGGCUCACUGGUACACGGCCUACAUGUUCCCCGAUAGCCAAAAGCCAAGGUACUACGCUGGUGGAGGUGUGAUGUCCGGUGCUUGCGUAGUCUGCGGAGGCAUGGCAAUCUAUAUCAAGUAUUACUUGAAGAAGCAGAACGAGAAAUUCGAAGAAGAGGAACAGCGGGGAACUGUGAGUCACAGCCAGAUUAAAGGAUCGAAGGCUGGACACGGAGGCGAAGCUGUCGUUUCAUUCAGAUAUGUGCACUAG